CUAAAUCCUUAGGGCAACUUCAAAAGUGACUGACAAAAAUAAGUGAAACGUGAAUCGGAAUUGUUGCGUGAAACUUCGCUGUAAAUUCAAAAUGUGUUUUAUUUUCUCGUUUCCGUUCAGCUUUUGAAAAUUAAAUUUUCAAGUAACCACGAGAACGAUAGUGCCUCCUCAUCGCGGAAAGAGUCACAGAAGCACCUCCGCUAACCCUCGAUUCGAAUUGGUUCAAAUGCAGCCACGAUAACCACAACGACAAACGGUUGCAACAACGGCGUUAGGUGCGAAGGACAAGCCACCCGCCACCCACGCUUAAAUCACAGCUGAGAGCCAGAAAGAGACAGCAAGUCGCCCUCGAGAAGAGAAGAGAAGAGAAGAGAAGCAAGAAUCGAAAAAGCUCUGAAAGCACACCAACACAACACCAAAAGCAUUAAAACUGCAGCAGAGCGACCCCAUCCCACACAUCACACUCACACCAGCGCCACGAGCAUCGAACAUUGCAUCGGGCAUUGAGCAUAGGGAGGGACACACACUGACACUGGGAGGAAGAAGAUGGAUCUUUUCGAUAUGGACGACGUUGUAGUGGGCCCCCCGGACGAGUGCAGCACCCCGCUGAAGGAGUGGCGGCUGAAACUCCAGGCUGGCACACUGACACGCAACGACUUCAUCGAGUUCUUCAAGAAGGAGUCGCCCAAGUACUUUGACUACGAGAACGAGCUGGACACAGUGAAAUGCAUGUUCAAAGAAGCCCUGGCCAAGGUGGAGAUAAUCGAUGUUCUGGUCGAGUUCAUGCUUGGCGAUAACCCAAAAUCGGCGCUGGAGAAGCUGCGGCUCGAGGGCAACACCGCUACCGUCUGCGGCAAGGUGUUCAAAAAUGGGGAGCCCACCUACAGUUGCCGGGAGUGUGGCAUGGAUCCCACCUGUGUGCUGUGCGUAAACUGCUUUAAGCGGUCGGCGCAUCGCUUCCACAAGUACAAAAUGUCCACCUCCGGCGGCGGUGGCUGCUGCGAUUGUGGGGACAAUGAGGCCUGGAAGAAGGAUCACUAUUGUCAUCUGCAUUUGGAUAAUCGAAAGAAUCCGCUCGAGAGCAAGAUCAUCAGUGGGGCCGUUUUGGAGCGCAGCGAGAUCUGCUUCAGUGCCAUUCUGGCGUUUUGCGUCAACUAUCUGGAGAUCGAGCCGAACGCCAGUCUGAAGUGCCUCGACGGGGAGGGGCUGGAGCUGGAUGGGGCGCACUUUUGCACGGUGCUGUACAACGACGAGUCGCACACGUUUGACCAGGUCAUCCAGACGCUGACAAAGAUCGCCAAGUGCCGCCACAAGGAGGCCAUGGAGAUAGUGGCGGCCAUAGACCGCGAGGGCAAGGCCGUGGUCAAGUGCGACACGUUCAAGGCGUGCAACGAGCUGAAGAUGGCCAUAGAGAACCAGAUGAUACCACCGAGCGGUCUCCUUAGCAAUCUCCGCAACAACCAGUCGCUGCGAACCUCCGUGCUGCACAUCAACUCGGUGGCCUGCCAGCAGUUCGCCCUCCAGCUGCUUAGCUGGUUCCAGGAGUUCCUUGUCCGCCACUACCUCUUCCGCAAGACCUUCUCCGAGCUGGUGCAGCAGAAGCAGGAGUCCUUCUGCAUCCGCCACAUCCUCGAGUGCGACGUGAAGCUGUGGAAGACCGCUCGCACCUGCUGGCACCGCCUCCUCAUCUCGGGCAUGCUCAUGGAGUACGAGAACAAGAUGGUGCUGGCCCAAGAGUUCUCACGCCGCUACGCGACAAUCGUGGAGGACUUCAUCAACGAUGACCACGACCACGCCUUUUCGAUAGUCUCUCUCAGUGUGCAGCUCUUCACCGUCCCCAGCAUUGCCCAUCGCCUGAUCGCCAAGGAGGGCAUAUUCGACAAGCUGCUGCACACAUUCUACUACGUGGCCAUCGAGAAAUUCAUCCUCAAUCGCACCCUCCACUUCAGCAAGAACAUUGCCAGCCUGACCUUCUUCAAGCGAGCCAACUAUAUUCUGUACGACCUGCGCUAUCUGCUCAGCCUCAAGCCAGACGUUCUGAGCAAUGAGCUGCGCACUGGAUUUCUAGAAGGCUGCAAGGCUCUGAUGCGAGUCCUAAAUGUGAUGCAAGGCAUGGAGUCGAUUACUCGCCAGACGGGACAGCAUAUGGACUACGAGCCGGAGUGGGAGUGCGCCUUCAAUCUGCACAUAAAGCUGGCCACGACCAUUUCGCAGGUGAUCGAGUGGGCAUCCACCGACAAGACGCUGCUGCACAAACUCUACAAGAUGACGGUGCGGGCUCUGGUGAGCAACAACUUUAUUGUCGGAGGCGAGGAGGCGGAGGCCAAGAGUGUGGCUGGACAUGUGGCCAACUGCCUCAUAUACGAUGUCUCGGUGCGGCCGGUGUCCAUUCAUCUGCCACUGACUCGCUUUUAUGCCGGGAUCUACCUGCAUCUGGGGUCACACGACCUAAGCUACGACUGCCUGGUGGCCGAAACCGAGGCGCUGAACAUCAAGAUGACACCGCGCGAGAUCAUAGAGCCGGUGCUGUGCACCCAUGCGAUGAUUGCCCAGGUGGCCGCCGGAAUGUGGCGCCGCAACGGCUACUCUCUGCUCCACCAGCUGUACCUCUACAGAAAUGUGCGCUGCCGCGUCGAGAUGCUGGACAGGGACAUUGUCUGCCUGCAGAUUGGUGCCUCUCUUAUGGAGAGCAACGAGUUCCUCAUCCAUGCCCUGAACAAGUUCAAUCUGAUCGGAUGGGCCCAGUCCAACUACGAAUCGAAGCUGGCCGAGUCCCCCCUCGACGAUGAGUUCAUGCGCCAGCUGUCAAUGAUCGACGAGUUCCUCGAGCUGCUCAUCGUCAUCAUCGGGGAGCGCUGGAUGCCCGGAGUAUCGCUCGUGACCGAGGAAGAUCGCCUGCGCAAGGAGAUAAUCCAGCUGCUGUGCAUCAAAUCCUACUCCCAUUCGGAGCUGAGUCGCGCCCUGCCUGACACCACCGGCGGCAACAGUGACAGUGUCUUCGAGGACGUCAUCAACACGGUGGCCACGUUCAAGAAGCCCGUGGGUGCCGAUCGGAAGGGCGUCUACGUUCUGAAGGAGUCGCUGUUCGAAGAAUUCAACGUGUACUUCUAUCACUACACCAAGGAGGAUAAAUCAAAGGCCGAGGAGCUGCAGCGGGAGCGUCGCAAGGCCAAAAAGGAACUGGUCUGCUGUCCGCCCCCCAUGCUGCCGCAGUUGACUCCAGCGUUCACGUCCAUGGCCAACAUAUUGCAGUGCAAUGUGUUCCUCAGCAUCUGCACUUUGACUAUGGAUCGGGCUCUGGACAUUCGCAGCCGCUCCUUCUCGGAAUCCCAUGUGCAGAAGAUUUUACAUUUGCUCGGCUUUGCCAUCCAAGAGGAACUUAGCGAGCACUACCCAUUUCUCAGUUUCUAUGAGCGCGCGCAGCAGUUUGGAAUCCUCGACAAGUUGGACGAGCUAGCACGCUGCCCAAGGUUGGAGGCACAUCGUGACUUUGUGCUUUGGACCAUUAAACGGUACAAGGAUAUGCAGGCCAAGCAGGCGCCAGCAGCAGCGGCCGGGCCCAGCGGCUCUCAGAAGAAGACUGCGGGCGAAGAGCCGCCGCUGACAUCCGAGGAACAGGCACGCCAGGAGAAGGAGACCCGCGCCAAGCUGGCCGCCGAGCGUCGAGCCAAGAUUAUGGCCCAGAUGCAGAGUGCCCAAAAGUCCUUUAUGAAGUCGAACGCUGAGAUGUUUGCCAACAGCGACCUGAAGCAGGAUUCAAUCUCAACAGGAGCCUCUAGUAGCCGGGGGGCGGCAUCCUCCAUGGGCAGCACCGCUAUGGAUUGGGAGGAUAUAUCGGAUGAGAGCCUAGAGGACCAGGGUGCGGCAGCUCUAGUGAUAAAGCAGAACCCGGCCUGCCUGGGGCCAAACCGGGCCCACUACCAGGCGCAGGAGAACAGCUUUAAAUGCAUCCUGUGCUUCGAGAACUGUAGCAUCAACCCGGACGGACCACCGCUCGUUAGCUCCGCGUUUGUGCAGACCUCACGCGUGAUCCUGACUACACCGAGCCACUACAAGGGCAAGUGCGGCAUGCACGUGAGCUGCUGCGGCCACGUGAUGCACUACAAGUGCUGGCAGGAGUACUACAGUAACGAGGAGUCUAAGGAGCAGCGUCGCCUCCACCGGAAUCGUCUCGCCCUCAGCCAGGGCCACAACGUGGAGUUCCACUGUCCGUAUUGCCGGGCCCUCAGCAAUACUGUGCUCCCCGUCAGCGAGCCCCUGGUCGGACUUAUUCCCGGCGGCCUUCCCGGAGUGCCGCCGGCUGUCAGCUCCGAGAGCUACUUGCCCCUGGACUGCUUCGUGAAGAUCAUGAGGACUCUUGCUGGGGAGCUAUCGGCUCCAGCCGGUGACAACACCAUGUGGCAGUAUCCGAGCGUUCUGCGCAGGUCCAAUGUAAUCGGCGAUCUGGCUCAGUUCGAGCGUAGUGUGCAGCUGAUCGCGAAGCCGCAGCUGCACGCCACUUGUAUGGAGGUGAUGACCUCCUUCAACAAGGCGCUGCAAAAUGCGAUGAUAAGCCAACAGCCGAACGCUGUCACAGAGGGCGGAGUAGGCGGCGAGGCCGAGAACCCGUACCUGGUGUUUGACACAUGCAGCUACACAUUGGAGUCCCUUGAGAUCUACAUGUACACUAUGCGGAAGCCGCUCAAGGUGGAGAUGCCCAUGCGCCAUCAGACGUGCACCACGAACCUGGUGCGCGCCUGCGCCCUCUACUCGAGUUGGGCUCCGCAGCGACCCGAACUGGCGUCCAAGCUGCUGGACACCAUAUUCAACCAGAAGGGAACCAGUGUCCUCGAAUGGGACUGCUUUCGCAUGCUAGUCCAGCUAAGCUUUGGGGUCCUCAACCUCAUGGUGAGGGAGAAUGAACACACUUUUCUGCCCAGCGGGAGCAUGUUCGAUUUCUACAUGAUGCAGACAAUGUUCCUGGCCAAUGUCACAAAGGCCGUCAUCUGCUUUGACGUUGAGAAACAGCUGGACAGUCGGCGGGCCAAGGAGGAGGCUGGCAAGGCGCCAACUGAGCUCUCUCAGCUAGCAUAUGUGGAGCAGCUUCCCUCGAAGAUCCAGGAGAAUAUGGUGGCGUUCUAUCGUCGCUACAAUGUGCCAGCCCGAAUGCGCCAGCUGGUGCAGCAAAAGGAGUCGGAGGAGAAGCACAACCAGAGUCAGAGCCAAAGUCAGAACCAAGAGCAGACUGUGGUAAUCCCAUGCGAGCUGCAGCACCUGGCCCUGAUGCUGGAGUAUGUACAGUGUCAGAUGAGAGCAUUCUUGCGAUGCGCCUGCCUCUUCUACCGCUGCCUGACCGAUGUUGAGUUCCCCGACACGUUCCCCACAGAACAACCGGAUAGAUUUGACCUGAUGUGCCAGUACCUGGGUCUGGAUGCUGACAUGGGCGUAUAUUUCGAUAUGGAGACAGUCUAUGCCACCGUGAUGCACAACUUUGCCUCGCAUCCGCACAUCCUGCGCCAGGCCGAGCAGUGCAGUUUACGCUAUGGAGAUCCCGUGGAGGUGUUACCAUGUCUGCGUCCCCUGCCGGAGCUGAAGCCGCUCUUUGAGGACUACAGCGAUCUGAUCAACAGCGUAUCGGACAUUUUCUGUCCCAACAACGAGCGCGAGGAAAUGAAGACCCCUACGAUGUGCCUGAUCUGUGGCAAAGUGCUUUGUGGACAGUCGUACUGCUGUCAGCCAGAGCUGGGAAAGAUGUCGGUGGGGGCCUGCACCCAUCAUGCCCACAGCUGCGGCGCCGAGGUCGGCAUAUUUCUACGCAUACGGGACUGCCAGGUUGUCUAUCUAGGCCGUGGCAAGGGCUGCUAUGUCCAGCCACCGUAUCUGGACGAGUAUGGGGAGACGGAUCAGGGCCUAAGGCGCGGCAAUCCAUUGCGCCUCAGCCAGUAUGCCUAUCGCCGCAUCUUUAUGCAGUGGUUGGGUCACAAGCUGCACGAGGAAAUUGCUCGACUCAAUGAUAAUGCCAACGUGGCUGUAAGGCAAUGGCAUCACAUGUAGUCCGAACGAAGAGCGAGAAGUAGUAGUUCAGCUUCGGAACGAAAGGGGAAGAACUGGAGCUGGAGCUGAACAUGAAGCUGUAGGAGAUCGAGAGCAAGAGCGAUGGCAAUGGCGACAGUCAAUGUGAUUAUUACGUACUAACAUUAGGAGAGCAUAUUUAUACGUCUAAGCAUUUUACAAGUUAUCCUUUGGAAAGGAAACAGAUCCCCCUUCCCCACACAUAAACACACACACCUCAACACGUUGAGUACUAAAACGAAAAACCAAAAGAAACCUAAACCUAAAUUCGAACUAAAACUACAAUCCUUACACACGUCCAGCUUCAACUUUGUAAAAUCGUCUUGCGUUCUCUUACACUAUAACACAUAAAAACUUGAUUAUAUUUUUUUUUGAGCUAACAUUAGAAAACUUCUUGAUAGUUUGUGUAGUAGACCGAAUUUCGAGGACCUUCUCUAGUUAUAUAUAUAUAUAAUAUACAUAUACUACACUUAAAAAAAAACUAGGCUAGAUUUUGCCAGCACCUUCAAGGACUAUACACGAGACUAUACAUGUGACCCCCACAGCAGAUAAGAGUAACCGAAAAGAAAGAAAGAAAAUAUAACAAAUGAGCACUCUGUGUUUCUUUGCUUCUGAUUGAUAAUUUGAUCUAUAGUCUGUUCCAUGACCACGGCCAUGUCAUCAGCAACUCCCCAAGUCUGUGUACAUAGAAAUCUCUGAAUCCUUAUCCAAAUCCCCACCAUUAUUGACACUUAGCAGGGAAGCAGCAGGGCUAUGUGCAGUCUUGAAAAGAAGGCGGUAGCGUAACCUAACCCGAAGAUAUACAUACAUAUGUGUGUUCAUCAAUCCAAAUAACCGGGUGGGUUGCCGGGACGCACUUCCAUCCGAAGAACACUGACACCCGUAAGACGUUGACACACAUAUUGGCACACCUUAAACUCAACUUUGCACACUUCCGAACAAUAUGUAUUCUCCUUCCACUCCACUCGGCAAACCUUUAACGACAAGAAGAUGACUUCAAACAUACUAAAUUUAGUCAAAUUUCAUGUUUCUUUAUCAGAAUAUACUUAACACCUCCAUAUGGUAACUAUCUAUGGAUAGAUAUAUGUAUGCAAACAUACACAAACAUGUUUCUAUCUAUAUAUUGUAUAACAACAACAACAAAAUCGAUUUAUGUAAAGUUCAAGCCAAAUAUUGUUGCGAAACAAAAUCUGACAAAUAGAAACUGGAAGAAA